UUCCCCCUGACAUCGGACGCCUAUGAGCUCGAAAGCAAGAUCGGCACAGGGGGUUCUGCAACGGUGUGGCGAGCUCGAUGCAAACCCCUGCAGACGACGGUGGCCGUCAAGCUCGUGGAGCUUGAGGAGCUGCAGACAGCGCUGGAGCUCCUGAUCAAGGAGGCUCACACCAUGAUGAGCCUGAGGCAUCCCAACGUGCUGCACCUUCAUGGCAGCUUCAUCUCUGGCGAGACCCUCUGGCUGGUCAUGCCCUUCAUCUCAGGGGGAUCCCUUUCAGACGUCCUGCGCACACAGUUCCCUGGGGGAAUGGAAGAGGCGCUCAUCAUCACAAUUGCUCGUGAUGUGCUUCGCGGAUUGGAAUAUCUGCACAGGCACGAGCUGGCGCACCGAGACUUGAAGGCGGACAACUUGCUGAUCCACGAGGAGGGCCGGAUUCUGCUGGCAGACUUUGGGGCCACGGCAAAAUUGGAGCGCAUCGAUGCGUCUUCGUGGUCUCGGUAUCUGUCGCGGCAGACAUUCGUGGGGACGCCGAAUUACAUGGCGCCGGAGGUUAUGCUGCAGACCGACGAGGGGUACAACCAGUCGGCGGACAUUUGGUCGUUUGGCAUAGUCUUGCUGGAGCUGGCUCGCGGGAAAGUGCCGCUGCAGAACUGCUCCUUCACCAAAAUCAUCAUCGAUACCGUGCAUGGCCCAGCCCCCUGCCUCGAUAGCGAUAGCGGCCACCAGAAAUUUUCCAAGGGUCUGUGCAAGCUGGUGGCGCGAUGUCUCAACAAGGACGCGGACACUCGGCCCACAGCAUCCGAGCUCCUGAAGGACCCGAUCUUCAAGCAAGCCCACGACGGCAAGUGGCUGGCGAAGCGGCUG